GUUGUCUGACCUGUAGUCUUUCAUACCUACUAUCAUAUGGGAAUUAGUUGGGCCGUAGAUGCAAAUCCAUCGCAAGUGUAUGACAUGCCGCCAAGACCUGAACUAUCCAGUAGAGGAACUAUCGUGAACAGAGAGAAAGAUCAGGUUGCUCAUUAUUAUCGAGAUGCGCAACGGUAUCCAUCUCAGUUCAUGAAUGAGUCUUCGUACCGGACUAGUGAAGGUGGUAGCUCGCGGGACCCUAGAAUUUCUCAUUAUCAAAGCAGUACGAGAGAAUCGACGAGAGGUUCGCAUUCUAACUAUUCAUCACAUGCUGGAAGUCACCAUCGAUUACAACCAUCAGUUCAUCGGUACCCUAUCAAGCAACCUGAUUUCUACUCCAGAUCAACACACCAUUCAUCACCGACAUCCUCUGUUUCUUCUUCUGACAGAUAUGAAUCACCUACGCCUAUGCCACAAAAACAAUCAGGACGCCAAGAUAAAGGCAAGGUAUCGAGCAAAUCCGUUGCAGGUUCAUCUGGGUUUGAUAACGAUCGCUAUGAUACAUCACACCGGAACGAAGACCGUCCAAAGAUUUCGUCAAGAGAAACAUCCAGAGAACCAUUGAGAGAAUCAUCAAAAGAACCUACUGCUGCGCAAGUCGCAAAAUGGGUCUCAGCAUCACCGAAAGACUCUCGACAACUUGCAAAGUUCGCGUGUGGAAAAGGCGGUAUCCUGAAAAACGGUCCAAAGACUUUGGCAGAGCGUGAAAAUUUUGCUCAAGCCAUCGAGAAAGACGAGAUUUCUUGGGAAGCUCCAAUGGUGUUGGCGGUUGACUUCGUUUAUGACGUUCCUGUAUUUCCAUCACCGUCAGUCUCAACUUUAAAAAAGUCUGCUCCUCCUCCGCCUACCUCUGGUGAUGAAGAACGUUCUCAUAAGAAGUCAAGGAUUGAACCCACUUCUACCGAAUAUGAAAGAGGCUCAAGCAAGCAUUUAAGCUAUGAUAGAUCUAAGGAUGAUCUUGAAAACAAUUCGAGCAGAAACUCAAAUAUAGAACCAUCUUCCAAGCUAGCAGCUUCUUCGAAUGGUAGUGUAAGUGGUAAUGCUGAUGCUCAUGUUGGCAGGAUUUCAGCUACUACCAGUGCGUCAGCGGCCGUUCCGACAUCCUCAACGGAUUUAGUGCAGGUUUCCAUACAUCGAAAGAUCAAGAAUACCAUUACGGUCAUUAAUGCUAUCCUCGAAGACGGCGGCUACUGCUACAUGCCUUAUCGAGCUUUUGAAAAGUCCUACGAUCGCCUUCGGGUCAACAUGUCUCCCGCCAUGACUGGUGCUGAACUCAAUCAUGCUUUGCAAAGUGAUCUCCAGACUGAAGUGUCAAGUCAUGUCGUUUUAACAAUGUUCCCUGGAAAUCCAUUAGCCAGAUACAUUCGCUUGAAAGUCAGAGACAUCCAACACAGACGAAGUCAAGAGGACGAUCACACUGAAGCAUUCAGACGGCGAUUCUUAUCUGAGGCUAGUAAAAUAGUUUUCCCCGGAACAAUCAUUAGCAUCCAUGCCCUUGUUUACCUGAUGGAGUCGCUCAGACCUGAUCCCUUGUCCGAUGCAGCCGUCAGACAUAGGUUGGGUCAAGUUGAUUUAUACGACUUUCUGAUCAGCUCCUCGAGUGCUUGGGAUGCUCAUCACAUGGGCCACUUUGAUCGUGAAUUAGUUGCCUUCAACCCACCAAAACCACCACAUGUGUAAAUAAUGCAGCUCGCAUCGUCAUUUGCAAAACCAAUAAGUACACACGCAUGCAUAAAAUGUAGAAAUAAACCUAAGAAAACACUCUUUUCCAUACCAUUCAUUGCUGCAUAACAUCCUGGUUAGCCAUCGAUUGUAGGGUUGGU